CGGCGCACGGGGGCGCUCGCGGUGAAGGUCGGCAUGCUCGGCACCUGGGACGCGUCGGGCCAGCGCCACGCGCUGACGGUGCUCCACGUCGACGGCUGCCGCGUCGUCCAGGUCAAGGACGCCGCGACCGACGGGUACACGGCGCUCCAACUCGGCGCGGGCGCGCUGAAGCCCAAGCACGCGCCCAGCGCGCACGCGGGCCACUGCGGCGCGCACGGCGGCGAGGCCGUCGCGGGCACGCCCUACGAGCUCGCGCGGACGCUCGCCGAGUUCCGCGUGAGCGCCGACGCCGUGCUGCCGCCGGGGACGCGCGUCCCCGCGGCGCACUUCGCGCCCGGCCAGCUCGUCGACGUCCGCGGCGCGACGCGGGGCAAGGGCUUCCAGGGCGCCAUGAAGCGCUGGAACUUCGGCGGGCAGCGCGCGACGCACGGCGUGUCGAAGACGCACCGCGCGCACGGCUCCAUGGGCGGCUGCCAGAACCCGGGCCGCGUCUUCAAGGGCAAGAAGAUGGCGGGCCGCAUGGGGGGCAGAAACCGGACGGCGCAGAACCUCACGGUGCACAAGAUCGACACGGUGCGCGACCUCCUCUUCGUGCGGGGCUGCGUGCCCGGCGCCAAGGGCACCUGGGUCCGCGUGACGGACGCGGUCAAGAAGGUCACGCCCGCGGCGUACGACGCGGGGGACGUGCCCUUCCCGACGCGGCCCGCGGACGAGGACCUGCCAGACGUCCUCGAGAUGGCCGGCGCCUAG